ACAAUUUAUUACCGGCUACCACCACCCUUUCAAAUUCAAAUCAAAUUCAAAUAUUUUACCCCCCACUGUCCGAUACCCAAUCUCCCAUUCUCCGACACCAAUUCAAACCUCAAAACUCACCGGAAUCCACAACAAAACCCUAGAUCCGAUCUCACAGCCUCAAAAUAAUGGAACCAAAACAGCAAAUUCCAUCAUCUCCGUUACCAAAUCCACCUUCAUCAUUACUCCGAGACAUUUCCAAUUUCAAAACCCCCAAACCACAACGCCGUCUUCAAACAAACCCUAGUUCCAAAUUUGACUCUCCUUGUCCUCAAUUCUUCACUGCUUCUAAACAAACACCUAAAUCGUCUUACUCCACUGUUCGUCCGCGCCCUAGAUAUUCUCUUGCUGCUCAGAAACUCAAAGCGGUUGCACUCGAGCAGUCGAAAUCGUCGAGGAAGACUCAAACGAACAAAGAGAAGUCGUUGAAGUCGUUGGCUAAGUCUCUUACAGUUUGGCUCAAUUUCUUGUUUGAAAACCCUAGGUCUUGUGGAGUUGAGGUAUCAAGAUUUACGGGUGAAGAAUCGUCUGAUGUGUCAUCAGAUGGGGUGUUUCUGGGUGCAAAGAGGGAUAGUGUGUCUCAUGGUGGAGUGGACAUUGACCGAGAGUGGCGUGGGCCCAAGCGUAGGAAGGAUAUUUUAUGGGUUGAUAAAGGUAAAAAGGGAAAUAAAUUCUCGGGUUCCAUGUAUUCCCAUUUGAAGGUUUCACUUGGAGAUGUUUGUAGCUUGGAUGACUUGAAAGAAAGAAUGGCGGUUUACUUGAGCCAAAGUAACUGCCAUGAGAUUCUUGAUGCUAUGACUCAUGUUACAAAGAAUAUUGAUGAAGGAAGACUUAAGAUGAAGGCCCACUGCCCAAUCGUUACUGAUGUUGGAAUGAAGGAGAAUGCCUUGAAGAUUCUAAUGAGUUAUAACCCUGUUUGGUUAAGGAUUGGGCUUUACAUCAUAUUUGGUGGUGAAUCUUUGUUACCGAAUCCAAACAUAGACACAAGUUCAGAGAAAGAGCUUUCUUUUCUGAAAACCGUUUCUGAAAAAUUGUUUUUCUCGCAUUCUGGACUAGCAAAAGCCUACAUUUAUAACAAACUGGUUGACGGUUUGUACAGACCGGGUUAUUAUGAAAAAUUAGGGAAUGUUAUAUUGAAGAGGAUUCUAUUGCUAGUACUUAUACUUGAUCGAGCUAAAUCACAGAGCAGUUUGCCUAUAUGUUAUGGUAUAGAUGGGCUUGAUGGUGGGUCCCCUUUAUUGUUCACAGCUCAAGCUACUAUCAGCUCAAGUUCUGAAGUGAUUUCCGAUUUUUUAUCACCUGAGGUGAUGCAUGGAGUUGGUAAUCUUCUUACACAACUCAUGAUUAUGGGAUACAAGGUUUCUUAUCAACAAAAUCCUCUUGUCAAGUAUGUGUUCAAGGUGACUAAUCUUUUUAAUGAUUUACAAGACGGAGUUCUCCUCUGUAGAGUCAUUCAACUCUUACGACAUGACCCUUCUAUUCUUAAGAAAGUAGUCGUUCCAUCAGAUGAUCGAAAGAAAAAUUUGGUGAACUGUGAGAUUUCCCUAAAGUAUCUGAAGCAGAUUGGAGUUCCAUUGAUUGACGAAGAUGGAACCGAGAUAAUAACGGAAGAUAUUGUUAAUGGAGAUAAGGAGCUCAUAAUCUCAUUGCUAUGGAACAUGUUUGUUCAUCUACAGUUGCCACUUUUGAUCAAUAAUGAGCUUAUAUCUGAUGAAAUUAUUAAAAUUAAUGGCCCCGAAGUGCAGACGCUUCCAAACGCCUCAAGUCAUUUGGAUAUGCUUUUUGAGUGGAUUAAGGCAAUUUGUGAUAAUUAUGAUUUGAAGGUUGAGAGUUUCACUUCCUUGGUUGAUGGAAAGGCCAUGUGGUGCUUGCUUGAUUAUUAUUUUAAAAAGGAACAUUGUGAUGCUAGUUCUAACAUGGAUCCAAAAGAAACAAACGGAGCGUCGAUCAUGUCAGCUUCAGAUUAUGUUGACGCAGUGCAUAACUUCCUGUUGUCACAAAAGUUGACAACACUGUUGGGGAAUUUUCCAGAGGUUUUGCAAGUUAGUGAUAUACUUGAAUGUAAAGGAGCCUGCAGUGAUCGGGGAGUGAUCAUUUUGUUGGUUUUCCUCUCAUCCCAACUAGUUGUCAAGAGAAAUUUGCGACAGAUUAAUUUUCAUAAACUUUUGGGCCAUAAUCAAAAUCCAGAGAUAAAAUGUAUCAGGCGAGAUCAACUCAUCGGAUGUCACAAACAUGAAGUAGAAACUUAUCAGAAUGAGAAUGAAGAUAAUGGAAGAAAUUUUAAGGCAAUCAUGGCUUGGUGGAAAGAAAUGGCUCAGCACAACAGCAAAGCUAAUGUUAAUCCGGUUUACACCGCAUUUCUUGGCAAACAAUCAAGUGAUAAACAACGAGAAAUUGCUGCAACAAUCAUACAAUCUCAUUUCAGGCGAUUGGUAAACUACCGAAACUACACACGGAUAAAGAAUGCAGUUUCUUCUCUUCAAGCUGUUAUCCGUGUUUGGGUAAUGGUGAAAAAUACAUCAGCCACUACAAAAUUCAAUACAAUCGAGAAUCAAGAACAAUCAUGCGAUGGAAGAAAACUGUCAAGAAGUUUUUCCAGAUAUUUAAUUGACAGGCAUGCUUUCAUUAAGGUCAAACGUUCCGUAGUAAUCAUUCAACGUGCCAUACGGCAUUGGAUUGUCCAAAAGCAUCAAACUGAUGCUGCAAUUAUGAUUCAAAAAUGCAUUCGAGGGCAUGCAGCAAGGUCCGCAUAUGUUCGACAAUCAACUGCAACCAUAAUUCAAGCUUGUUAUCGUAGUUGGAUAUUAAGGAAAAGUUUCUUGAAUCAGAAACAAGCAGCAACAAAAAUCCAAAGUCACUAUCGCGGACAUAUAUCACGGAAGCGUUUCUUGAAUAAGAAGCAAGCAGCAACAAAGAUACAAAGAUAUUAUUGUGGAUUGGUAAUCAGGAAGAAUUUUAUAAAUCAGAAGCAAGCAGCGAUAAUAAUUCAGAGUUAUUAUCGUGGAUUUUUGGUGAGAAAGAGUUACUUGAGUCAGAAGCAAGCAGCAACAAAAAUUCAAAGUUAUUGUCGUGGAUGGUUGUCAAGAAACGGUUUCUUGAAAAAGAAGCAAGCAGUUAUGAAACUACAAAGGUUACAUCGGUCAAUAAAAGGUUUGAGGAAAUUUAAGCAGUCCAAACUUGAAAUAAAGGCGGCGAUUACUAUUCAGUGUCAUACAAGACGAUGGAUUGCUCGCCGAGUAGCAUAUAGAUGUAAACGCUCCAUCGUGUUGAUCCAGAGAUUUUGUCGUGGCUGGUUGACGAGAAGGGGGUUUUUGUUGCAAAAGGAAGCUGCAACGAGGAUUCAAAGUGCUUUACGGUCGUUAAAAUGCUUCAAGGAAUUUAAUAGUCAUAAAAAGGCUGCUAUUGUAAUUCAGAGAUUUGUCAAGGGAUGGAUUAUCAGAAAGAGGCUUUUAGAAAGUGAUGCAAUAUCAGGUUGCAAUCAUGACCACACAAAAGAUGGCCAUGAAUUUAAGUUGUACGAGUAUUCUACGGUGAAGUUGCAGAGGUGGUGGCGGGGUAUACUACUAACCCAAUCCCAAAAACGAUCACGAUCAGCGGCCUUGAUUCAGUCAAAUGUUAGAGGAUGGAUCGCUAGGAAAAAAGCAGCUCAGAGCAAACAUCGUAUUGCAGUGAUCCAAUCGUAUUGGAAAGGAUAUAUUGAGAGAAAACAUUCAAGAGGAAAGGUAGCUGAUAUACGGUUAAGGGUGCAAAAGGCUGCUGCAAAUGUGGACGAUGGCAUGAGAAUUAUAAACAGGCUUAUUGCAGCACUUUCUGAUCUCAAAAACAUGAAGAGUGUUAGUGGCAUCCUUCAUACGUGUGCAACUAUUGAUAUGGCUACAAAAUACUCUCAAAAAUGUUGUGAGAAGCUUGUGGACGCAGGGGCCAUCGAUACACUACUUGAAUUAAUUCGUUCAAUUAGUCGAAGCAUUGUUGAUCAAGAGGUGUUAAGACACACACUUUCUAUUUUUAGAAACCUCACACGUUAUCCCCAUUUGACUGAAGCGCUCAUUGACACGAAUGGAUCGUGUCAAAUAAUUCUUUGGGAAUUCAUACGAAACAAAGAAGACUCGUACUUCGUUGCAGCUGAUGUAUUAAGAAAGAUAUGCUCAAACAAAAAAGGAGUUGAAAGAUUACGUGGUUUAAUGGCUUUAGUGAAGAGAUUGAAUAAUCUUGUUGAAGAUCUUAAAAGGAAAGCAUGCAAUGAAAAGAGGAAUCAACGAAUCCCAGCAACAAAGGAACCGAUGGACCGAAGACUGAAAGAAGCCAUUCAAAUCUUGAAACUCAUAACUAAUGGUUAAGAUCAAAUCCAGCUCGGAAGCAUUUGUUGUGGUUUUUGUGUUUUUAGUUCUCAAGAAGUCUUGUUUUCUCGCGAGAAAUCUAGUUUGAUUAUAUGAACAACUGAUUGGUGUUAAUCAAAUGAUUGUGGCUCUAGUGCUUUCUGGAUGAAUGUGUAAAUUGGAGUAUUGAUAUAAUGAGUUUAAAGUUACA